UUGUGCUCACGUAUGGUGUUCUAAUGGCUGAUUGAUGUGUUUUUUCAUACAAUUUACGCUGCUUUAAGUCGUAUUGCAAUGGGUUUGUUUUUCAUAACUGAUGAUCUCUCUCUCUCUCGUUGGAACUUUUCAUAUUGUUCAGGGGCUUCCCAUCUUUGAGACGAGCAGUUGCGGCAGAGGUGGAGUUAAUUUCCGGCAUAAACUUCAACGUUAAUCUUUGUCGGAAGUUCACGACCUAAUAAUGCCUUCGCCUUCCACGACUGCUUCGUCACCAGACUCUCCACCCUCACUGGCCGCUCCACCACCAUCGAACUCAUCAUCAAAUUCCUCAUCACCUCCAUCAUCGUCACCAUCACCACCUUCACAGUCAUCGCCACCACCUAAAGAAUCACAACCAGCUCCACCACCGCCACAAUCACCACCACCAUCAAACGGUUCAUCGCCACCACCAUCAAAUGGCUCACCCCCACCACCCUCUUCUUCUGAUGCCUCUCCUCCACCACCUCCAAAUAACAACUCAGGUUCCUCGCCGCCCCAAACCGUAUCGCCACCUCCGCCGCCCCAUUCUUCUGGAAGAUCACCUCCGCCACCUCCACACAAAGUCUCGCCAUCUUCGGGUUCUGAUAACUCGUCGUCCAGUUCGUCGGAAUCUAGCAACACUGUACCCCUAAUAGUAGGAGUCACAAUUGGGGUAGGGUUGUUGCUAAUUGCCAUGAUCCUCAUUUGUAGAAGCUGUUCAAGGAAGAAGAAGAGAAAGCAUGGUCUUGUGGAGAUGCAAUACUAUGGAGAUCCUUCACAAAAUGGUGGUGGAUACUACACCAAUCCAACUCAACCCAGCUGGCACCAAAGUCCCCAAGGUGUGGGCCAUGUUGUCAGGCUAUCGACACCACCAGGGGGCCCAGUGGGACCUUCUGCGGGGGGUGCCUGGCCUAGUCCCCCACCCCCUAUGAUGAUGCCAAGUAGUGGUGAGAUGAGCUCCAGCUUCUCAGGCCCAUACAAACCUCCCUUGCCACCUCCUUCGCCAAAUAUUUCACUUGGAUUCAACAAGAGUACCUUCAGUUAUGAGGAGCUAGCGGCUGCCACAGGUGGGUUUUCGCAGGCCAAUCUGUUAGGGCAGGGCGGCUUUGGUUAUGUGCACAAAGGUGUGUUGCCAAAUGGACAGGAAGUUGCGGUUAAGAGUCUCAAGUCAGGCAGCGGGCAAGGAGAGAGAGAAUUUCAGGCAGAGGUUGAGAUCAUUAGCCGUGUUCAUCAUCGACAUCUUGUUUCACUCGUUGGAUAUUGUAUCGCCGGUGGGCAGAGGAUGCUGGUUUACGAAUUUGUUUCCAACAAGACCUUGGAAUAUCACCUCUAUGGAAAUGGUCGUCCAACUAUGGAUUGGUCAACUAGACUUCGCAUUGGAAUAGGAUCUUCCAAAGGGCUCGCAUACCUUCAUGAAGACUGCCAUCCUCGGAUCAUCCAUCGUGAUAUCAAAGCAGCUAACAUUCUCCUUGACGACAACUUUGAAGCCAUGGUGGCUGAUUUUGGAUUGGCUAAGCUAUCGUCUGACAAUUACACUCAUGUAUCUACACGUGUCAUGGGAACAUUUGGGUAUUUGGCUCCGGAGUAUGCAUCAAGUGGCAAGUUGACGGAAAAAUCUGAUGUUUUCUCAUACGGUGUCAUGCUCUUGGAAUUAAUAACUGGGAGACGACCUGUGGAUCUUUCGAGUACAAUGGAUGAUAGCUUAGUGGAUUGGGCUCGACCGCUUUUGGCUCGUGCUCUGGAGGAAGGCGAAUACGAUGAGCUGGUUGAUCCAAAAUUGGAGAACAAUUACAACCCUAAUGAGAUGGCACGCAUGGUUGCCAGUGCUGCUGCCAGCAUUCGCCACUCUGCUAGAAGGCGCCCGAAAAUGAGCCAGAUUGUACGUGCAUUGGAGGGAGAUAUAUCUCUGCUAGAAGACUUAAAUGAUGGGGUGAAGCCUGGCCAGAGCUCUGUUUUCAACCCAAAUGGGAGCUCAGAAUAUGAUACCGCUGCAUAUAAUACCGACAUGAAGAAGUUCAGAAAGAUAGCAUUGUCUAGCCAGGAAUUUGCAAGCGGCGAGUAUGGCAUGUCCAGCAACGAGUUCCGCGAGGGCAAUGGAACGAACCAAAAGAAUUACCUUUGAGCAACCAGAUUAAUACUAUUCAUGGUAAUUCGGUUAAUGUUUAUAAGAAACUUGGGAUUUGGGUUUUUUGAGGCGAUGCUAAAAGAUACAUCAUGGUUUCGUUAGGGUUUGACAGAAAAUGAUACGCGCACAACUAUUUUAUAAUUUUUAUACAACUCUUCAAUAAAAUAUUAUUAUUUUUAAAAUUUAUUUGAAUUUUGAUUUUGAUGGUUUUGGAUUCAAAAAAUAAUAAUAUUUUAUUGAAGAGCGUAAAAAUUAUAAAAUAGUUGUGUUAAUUUAUAUCAUGAUUUCACUUGACUAAUUGCUUUAUUUUCUCUUUCUAAAAGGAUAUCAUGUAAUGAUCUUGCGUAAAUGCAUAAACUAAGCAAUGGAGACAGAUCUAGCUAGCUUAUAUGUUAUUUGUGAAAAGCACUGUUUGUAUAAUACAAUUGAACUAGCAAUCAGCAAUUUUGGGGAUAGUUU